AUGAUCCAGCGAGCACAAGUCCCAACUGUUAACCAGGGGCGAUCUGGUCUACCGCCGGGGAUCGCCUCGGGUCCUUCCAGACGUGAACAGAUCUUCUCAUCAUACUUCAACGUAUUCUUUCCGGUUCAGGCCGAUGCAAAGUCCAGUGUGGAUCUCUGGUACUAUCUGGCGUCCAACUUCUCCGCGAUUCCCAGGAAAAGCGAGAUGUUGGAAAAGUCCCUGGCCGCAUUGGCAUGUGCCUGGCUGGGGAAACAGAAUAAAGAUGCCGGACUACUCAAAUAUGGUGUUCAACUUUACAAUUCAGCCAUUAAGCAAAUGGGGAGCAUGAUUACCCGUGAUGUUUAUUCUGAUGACAUCAUAUAUUGCACCGUCCUCUUUCAGGAAAUCGAGACAUAUUACUGUCCAACCAAUCUUCACGCAUGGAUCGCCCACAUCGUGGGGACCAAUGCGAUCCUUAACCAUUACCGUCAUCGGCUAGGCCAAAGCCCACUGGUUCACACCAUAUAUCACGAAUAUCAGAAGCAGCGUCUGGUAAUGUCCGCCCAAGGAAUUAACAUCAACCAAGAAGAAUUCGACUACAUCACCCAGCCAAGUGAAGGCAACCCAACUGUGGAACUGCUUCGCCUUUACGCUAAUUUCGCGCCAAUAUCCAAUGCAGUGAGGAUGGCUAGGCCCCCGAAUCACAAAAUCUGUCGCAUGCUGCUUCGUAAAUGCCUCGCACAUCGGGAGAAGGUGACAGAGUGGUAUGCCAAAAAUGUCAGGCGGGGCCCGGAGGAAUGCGCUCCAGGAGAGGUUUUAACCACACGAAUUCCUCCGACAGACGACCUAUUUGGUACCGCAUACCGAUUCCACUCCCUUGACAGUGGGAAAAUUCAUAUCAUGUAUUGGACAUUGCUUAGUAUCAUGCAUGUGGUGAUCUCUCGGGCCCGGAACCUUGUUUACGUCUACUAUAUUGAUCCAUUCACGCCGGACAUUGAUGAUCAGUUUGGCGACCAGGAUUAUUUGAUCUCGAGCUACUGGGGCGAUCAGAUUGCCCGAGCUAUGCCCUACCAUGCACAAGAUGAUAAGAAGGCAUGGGGAAUUCACUCGGCCACGUUUUCUCUUUGUCAGGCUUGCAAGUCUGCAGCUGUAGAUUCUGGAAACCGAAAGAAAUUUGAUUGGUGUCAGAGCGUUUUUCGUGCAUUUGGAGAGGCCGGGUUCGAAUCUUGCUUUCGCCUUUGUGAAGUCUUCACAGGAUUGUGGAUGAUGCACCAGGCUCAUCAAGCAGGCAUUACAGUAACUUCACCUUCGGGUGAGCUGCAAGCCGGCACUCCAGAGUCAGUACGGAAACAACAUCAAGUCGUGGGUGGGGUUUCCGCUGUCCCAAAUUUACUAGAUCAGGUCGUCCAGCGGGAUGCUAAUCCAUAA